AUAUGCCAUAUGGAGGCUGGAGCCGUCAGCCGGGUGUGAAAAUAUGUGAAUUGAUGGCGGCGAAAUUCUAUUUUACUUGUUAACCUUCUUUUUAACUUUUUAACUCGGUACUUAAUUUUUAGAAAAAUAUAUAAAUUGUUAUUAAAUGAGAAACAAAGAUAUUAAUUAUGGACACAUCCAAGAGCAAUGAAAUAAACAAUGGUUUGCUGAAUCGACAGGAUAAAAAGGAGCUACGUGUCCUUUUAAAAAAUGAAGAAAUAUAUAGCUGUCGAAUCUGUACAAGAGGAUAUUUGAAAAGUGUUGACUAUAAAAAGCAUAUAUUGUUACAUGUAACGAGUGCCUUUGUUAAAUUAAGAAAGCAAAAAAUAUAUAGAUGCAAAUUAUGUCCAGCUGGCUUUCUUAAAAGUGAUGAAAAAAAUUUACACUUACUUGAUCAUGCUAAGGAAACUUUUAUGAAAAACCGUAAAGAAAAGGAAAUUGCAGAUAAACAUUACUAUAACAAAAAUAUAGUUAGAAAACAUGAAUGUCCGGAUUGUUCUAGAAAAUUUACCUCUAUUAAUGUACUGGAAGAACAUUCAAAGCUGCAUCAGCCAUUUCCAUAUGUAUGCUUCUGUGGAAUUGCAUAUCUCAGAGAAGUUGAUUUUAAGGGCCACCAAAAGCUUAUCCAUGGUAAUAACAAUAACCAGUUAAUAACAAAAACUGUUAAGGAAGAACCAGCCAAAAAGAUGCCAAAAGUAAAAACAAAAUCAAUAAAACAUAUUGCUAAGAAAAUCAAGAUAAAAAUUAAACAUGAUACAAAUGAAAAUGUGGAGUGUUCAGUUUGCUGUAAAAUUGUUAAAAAACAUUAUCUACCUCGUCAUAUGGAUAUACAUUUAGAUAAUAAGGCAUUUAAAUGUAAUAUUUGCAAUAAAAGUUUUAAGCAAAACUGCGGCUUGUACAACCACAUGUCCGUACAUAAACCGAGACAUCAACUUCCCUGCCAGUAUUGUGGUAAAGUGUUUAAAUACAAAUGCAAUUUGAUUAACCAUUUAAACACGCACACUGGUGUAAAACCUCAUGUGUGUAAGUUUUGUAAUAAACCAUUUGCUGAUCGAUCUGCUUUAGUGAGACAUGAACGAAUUCACAAAAAAGAAUAUAAAUAUUUUUGUGAUAAAUGUGACAAAAAAUUUACAGAUAUAAGUGGUCUGAUUGGGCAUAGAGUACAACAUAGUGGAAAACAAUAUGUUUGUGAGAUAUGUAAUAAGUCAUUUCACACCAAAUAUAAUUUAAUGAAACAUUUAACAAUUCAUAUUGAUGUAAAGAAAUUUGAAUGUGACUAUUGUAAUAGUAAGUUUACAUUAAAAGCAUAUCUUUUUAUACAUAUAAAAACGUGUAAGGCGAGAAAAGCACAAUCAAAGGAUUAAUUGUUUUGAGCAUACUUAGGAAACCAACACUGCUGUGUGAUUUGUCAUGUUGCAAAAUCUGACCAGCUAUUUGAACAGAAAAUUGUAUCUGUAAGGGUGCGUCCACAUGUGAGCCGUAUGCGAGCUGCGCGCUUGCAGUCACUGCAGUGGUUUGGUGCUCCUCUUUAGCGCAACUCAUGCAAGGCUCGUAUAAGCCGUGCGCGCACUCAAUUCUCGCGCUUAUAGUUACGUUUACUGGCGUGAGCGGAAUAAAGAUGCGAGCCGCCCGCGGGCUGAUCGCGUACGGCGCGUACUGCGCGCGAGCGGCGCACGAACAAACAUAGUAACACAACAACAAGAAUAGUAACAAAUGGAUAAAUAAGUCAGACUUUGCUUACAAAUAUUUUCACCAAGAUUUAUGGUUUCUUCAUUCCUUUGUUUAAAAAUGUAUUGACUGAUUAAAAUAUUUUAAUUA